AUGGCGAACUCGGCAACCCUCUUCAAACCCCCGCCGCUGGACUCCGCAAAGGCGCCCAUAGAGAAUGUGUUGGACCUGACACCGGUGGUUGACGUGGGGAACGAUGUAUUCACCAAUACGCGACCCCUUUGGCAUCCGCCCGGAGCGCGAGGCAUCUACGGCGGUGCGGCAAUCGCCCAGUCUCUCGCCGCUGCGAUGCGAACCGUUCCUGCCGAUUUCGCCGUCCAUAGCAUGCACUGCUACUUCCUCCUCGCCGGCGACUCAGAAAUCCCUAUAUUAUACCAUGUAGAACGAGUGCGUGAUGGCAGGAGCUUUAUCACACGAACUGUACAGGCCAAGCAACGCGGUCGACCCAUCUUCACCACGACCUUGAGUUUUAGCAAAGCCAACAGCGGUGGUAAAAAGAAGCUGGAGCAUGCUUCAUCCAUGCCACCGGUUACUCUACCGCAGGAGCCCGGAUCAGGAUCGAAUCAAAGAAUCGUGAAAUCGGGCGGUGGUCCAUUCGAGUCGCAAAAGGCGGGGGUUGUAGACCCAUAUUCUCCGGGAUUCACGCUGACAGUCACAGACAAUCUCCCUCCUCAGGAGAAGAAAACCAGACGUUUUAUGCGAUCACGAGGAAGAAUCUCCGACGCCGGUGGUCACCAUGCCCAUCUUUCCGCCCUCGCCUAUAUGACUGACAGUUACUUCAUUGGCACCGUGGUCAGGGUCCAUGAUGUCCCUCGAUUCUCUUCGCCUGCCGAACUUAAGAAGGCUCUUAAUGCGCUCAAAAACCCUUCCGAUCUGGACGAUGAAGAUAUUGCGCGCGCCCUGAAGGAGCUGAAGGAAGAAGAAGCCACGGAUCUGCGCCGUCGUUUGGAGGGCGCUUUACACAGAGUCACCAACCAGCCGCCCCAGGAGCGCAAGGAAGUGGGUAUGCUGGUUAGUCUUGACCAUUCAAUCCACUUUCACAAUCCCUGGGCGUUCCGGGCAGACGAAUGGAUGAUUACAGAGAUGGAGAGUCCUUGGGCGGGAGAGGGACGAGGCUUGGUGUUGCAGAAAAUCUGGUCAAAGGAUGGAACAUUGAUUGCUACAUGCACCCAAGAGGGAGUCGUGCGACUGAAGCAAGAUGAACCGCCUCGCUCGAAGCUUUAA